UUUAGAAGGAUCUGGCGAGUAGCGAUGCUCACAGCGGACGAGUCCAAACACAACAAAAGCCAACGCUAGAGUAGGACGCAGUCGCCUCUCCUUACCACACACCGGGAGAGCCCACGCCGUCGCCCGCUCGCCACCGCCCAUGUCGACCUCCGCCGCCGCGCCGGACCAGCCGCCGUUCCCGGUGCGCUUCGGUAUCCUGGGCUGCGCCACCAUCGCGCGCAAGGUGUCGCGCGCCAUGCUGCUGGCGCCCGGCGCCGCCGUCGCCGCCGUCGCCAGCCGCUCCGAGGACAAGGCCCGCCUAUUCGCCGCCGACAACGGCCUCCCCGCCGCUGGCCUCCGCCUCCACGGAUCCUACGAGGCGCUCCUCGACGACCCGGACGUCGACGCCGUCUACGUCCCGCUCCCCACCAGCCUCCACGUGCGCUGGGCCACCGCCGCCGCCGCGCGGGGCAAGCACGUGCUCCUCGAGAAGCCCACCGCGCUCUGCGCCGCAGACCUUGACGCCAUCCUCGCCGCCUGCGACGCCGCGGGGGUCCAGUUCAUGGACUCCACCAUGUGGAUGCACCACCCGCGCACCGCCAAGAUGAGGGAGGUCGUCGACGACAAGGACGCCAUCGGCGACAUCAAAGUGAUAAAUAGCAUGUUCAGCUUUCGAGCAAAUGAAGAUUUCCUCCAGAAUGACAUCAGGGUAAAGCCAGACCUUGAUGCCCUGGGUGUACUUGGCGAUGUUGGGUGGUACUGCAUCCGUGCAAUCCUGUGGGCUGUUGACUAUGAGCUGCCUAAAACUGUGAUCUCAUUGCGUGAUCCUGUCAAGAACCGAUCUGGCGUGCUUAUUGCGUGUGGUGCGACAUUGUACUGGGCAGAUGGCAAGACUGCCACCUUCAACUGCUCUUUCCUUGCCAAUCUCACCAUGGACAUCACCUUAGUUGGCACAAAUGGCACUCUCCAUGUCACUGAUUUCGCCAUCCCAUAUGAAGAGAAGUCUGCGGAGUUCAGUGUGGCUUCAAAGUCAAACUUUGCCGAGCUCCACAUCGGAUGGGAUCCUCUGCCAAGCAAGCAUGUCGUCACGACGGACCUGCCACAGGAGGUCCUCAUGGUCCAAGAAUUCUCGAGGCUUGUGCAGAACAUCCGAGACGCUGGCGGCAAACCUGAAGGGAAGUGGCCGGCUAUCACCCGGAAGACCCAGGUGGUGUUGGAUGCAGUGAAAGCUUCGAUUGACAAGGGGUCUGAGCCAGUUGAGGUUGCCAACUAAAUGCAACAAAUAACUGCCUGAUAUGUUUCUAAGCCAAAGCUUAUACUUGACAUAUUUGCUCAAACCAUACUUCUGUAUCCUACACGAAACAACUACUUGUAAUAAUUUGAAGGAUUCUGGUCCAAUUAAGGAGAACUUUAUGAUGCAUCAAGCAAGAUGUUAUUACGAACAAAUGGUGUAGUAUACGGGGAACAUGGAAGCUUUGAGUGAUC